CAGCAACGAGGCAUACCAGGUCAAAUUGGUAUUAAUCCUGCUCAAGGUCAAUUCAUUCAACAGCAACAACAACAACAACAACAAUACAGAAAUCAGGCUCAAUUAAACGAUGUACAUAGAAAACGAGCUCAAAAUAAGGUAACAUACCAUCAUAUCAUCUGUUAUUUCUUUUAAUACAACAAUAGACUACAAGACCUAAUGCGCCCAUGACAGACGAUACUGAUGAACCUUCAGGCGAUGAAUUAGAUGAUAUUUCAGCACGCGAUAUUGCCAUGGCAAGAUAUAAACGCAAUCAUGACUAUUUAUCUGAAAUAUUUACACCUUAUAAUGCUGCUUCCAUUGUACCUCCAUCCUUGGAAUUGUCACAGACAAAAGAAGAACUCGAAAAGCAAAUUAAAGAAUAUAAGGAAAAGACACAACAACAACAAGAUGCAUACCAAAAGAGAUUGGCUUCACUAGAGAAAGAACAAGAACAGUUUUGGAGUAAGAUGAAUCAACUCAAUCAAGCAUCUACGUUAGACAGUAUCAAUCAUGUAGUAGCUCAAUUAGCCCAAGAAAUGGGUGUUCAAAUUGAACAUUCGACACAUAAUCUCAAAGUAGUGCCUAUACCUGGUAUAGAAGAACAUCAACCACUACAAGAACAAUCUCAGACACAAGAUCAUAUCAUGGAAGAAACAAAGUCUGAACCAAAAUCAACACAGAAUAAUAUGGACAUGUAUUUCGAGAAAGAUGGAGAAGAGAAUAACGAUAGUUUCUUUAAUGAAAUGGUGAAUACAGAUGAUGAUCCUUCUGUGAGUGAGUUCCUUAAUACAGAAUAAUUUAAAUAUCCGCAUACAAUAAAAAAAAAAAAAACUUUUAUUUAUA